GCUUCCGUUUGCAACUUAAAAUAUAAAAAAAUAUAUUAUAAAUAAGGAAAAAUCUCAUUAAAAAACGCUGGCACAACGCCGAGACGCGAUAAUGGUUUCUGGUUAAAAAAUAUACAUAUUUGUGAUUAUUGUGAUAAAUUGUCCUUCGCAACCCUGCCUGCCAGCAGAGCAGCAGCAGCAGCCGACAGUUGUGCGCCGGAGCAAAGCUUCCGCCAUUCCGUGCCGUCGAGUCGAGAGCAUUACGGAUGCGAAUCCGAGUGGCGACACAAGUGGGGCCCAAGCGGAGCCAAAUUACGGUAGUGAAAAAAUUGUGGGGCGCCCAGCAUUUUGUGCAAUUAUCGUUGGUCAAAUCAAAGGAUUCGCGCGGCGACUGCAAAUUACGUCUAACUCCAAGGAGCGGAAACCCACAUGUGUGCGUGUGCGUGGUGCUUUACAUAAUGGAACAAUUCAAAUGAAGGACGCGGCCACAACUACAGCGAAAUGCCGCCCGUCAGCAGCAGCAGCGAGAGCAGUAGCAGCAUCCUUGGGAGCACUGCCGCCGCCCGAUGAAGGAUUGCAGCAUGGCCAGCACUCGCACAUGCACAUGCACUGGCACAUGCACAUGUACAUGCAGCACAAAUAACACAAGGACAUGGAAGGCGCAACGAACGCGACGAGGACAGAGGCCCACGGCCUGUGACAGAAAUAAACGCCACCUGCCGCCAGCUCCACCUCCGCCUCAGCAGCAGCAGCAGCUAACCAACUAAAAACGUGAACGCCCCCGAGUGAUAUUAUUUUUAAUGCAAUCAAAGUGCUAAGUGAGUUUGCCAAAAAGCAGAGACUACGAAAACUACGACGAAGAGUGGGAGUGGGCGCGUUGUUAACCCAAUUUAAGCAGUUCGUCCUCCUGAGAGAGAAAAGGAACGGGGCCGGAGAUAAACAGAAGGCGACCCGACCACCCCCCCUUAUGGACGAAGGCAGGUGUAGCCAGCCCUGCAAGCUGUACCGCAAGCGGAGGCGACGCCACUGAAUGCCGCAUCUGCAUCUGCAUCCAUCAAGCAACGAUCAAGAACCAAUACUCGCCUAAAUGAAGAAUGAAGAAACAAAAUGUGCGCACGAUAUCCUUGAUCGUGUGUACAUUUACCUAUUUGCUUGUCGGCGCCGCCGUCUUUGACGCCCUCGAAUCGGAAACGGAAAAGCGUCGUUGGGAGGCGCUGCAAGAUGCCGAGGACAUGAUAAUACGCAAAUACAAUAUAUCACAGGAGGACUUCAAAGUCAUGGAGACUGUGGUGCUUAAAUCGGAAUCACACAAGGCCGGCCAGCAGUGGAAGUUCACCGGUGCAUUUUAUUAUGCAACCACGGUGCUCACCACCAUAGGCUACGGACACUCGACGCCCAGCACGGUGGGCGGAAAGCUCUUUACCAUGUGCUAUGCCAUUGUGGGGAUUCCCCUGGGACUCGUUAUGUUCCAGAGCAUCGGAGAAAGAGUGAAUAGACUGAGCAGCUACGUUAUCCAAGCGGUUCGCACCUCGCUGCGCUGCAAACGGACUGUCGCCUCGGAGGUGGACCUUAUAUGUGUUGUGACCACACUCAGUUCGCUGACGAUAGCAGGCGGUGCUGCGGCCUUUUCAAGAUUUGAGGGCUGGAGCUACUUCGAUUCAGUAUAUUACUGUUUUAUUACUUUAACCACAAUAGGCUUUGGCGACAUGGUAGCCCUGCAGCGGGAUAAUGCACUGAACAGGAAGCCCGAAUACGUGAUGUUUGCACUGAUAUUUAUACUGUUCGGCCUGGCCAUCGUGGCCGCCUCGCUGAACUUGUUAGUACUUAGGUUUGUUACAAUGAAUACCGAGGAUGAGCGACGCGACGAGGCCCAGGCCAUGCAGGCGCUUCAAGUGGCUGUAAAGCUGGAGGGCGAUGUGAUAACUUCCAACGGAUCCAUAUUGAGCGGCUACGAGGGACACGACGGCCAGUCCCUCAACGGAAGCAACACCUCGUCCAUGUGCACGUGCCCUUGCUUGAGUCUUAAUAGGAACCGGCAUAAAAAGAAUAACCACUUGGGCAAGAACGGCGACGCAGAAAAUCAAUACAAGCUGAGGCGAUCGCCCACGCACAUGCGACAUCUGCUGCCAGAGGUGGUGCCUAUGCAGGACUUGAACUAUGACUAUGACACGCAGAGUCUGCACACCCUGGCCGAUCGGGGAACCGUGGACAGCAGCUAUAUGGGCGUGGACAUGGUGGACACGGCGAGCAACGGAUCACCGAUGCGGCCGCACACAUUGCUGAAGCGCAACGUCUCACUUUUAUCCUUUCGCAUCUAGGAGGAGCUAGGAAAGAGACUUGCCAGUGAAGGAACCAGGUGCAGCGGGAUGCAGGAACAACGAAGUGGCGGCCCCGACCCUGAGUGGACCUGCCCUCGCCAAAAACGACUUACAAAUCGAAAGUGAUAACAAGGCUCUAAUAGUACUUAAAAACUUAUUUAGAUUCGUAACUGAAUGUAGGACACGAUUGAGUUUGGGCGGCGGUAUUGGAUUGGGUGCAGUUUAUGUGCGCUCCCCGAGAUGCUAUAUACAUGUAUGCAUUUACCAUGUGAACUAGUGCAUAACUCUAUAACCCCAUAGUGGGCAUGAUAGCGUAAACCUAUAUGUAUACACGUACUACCACUUACAACUAGGGCACUAUACAAUUGAAUGUAAACCACUGCCAUUUCUCCGAAAGCGAAAGAGCCCAAGAGCCACUCGAAAGGAUUCAGAAACGGCCAAAUUCACUGAAAGUCUUACUAUUUAAACACUAAAAAGAUCGAUUUGAAAAUUGCAGUGAUGCUGAAGACGUUCUAGAAUCAAUGCCAAAACACAAUGGGAAUGAAAGUGUCAAAUUAAAUGCUGUAAAUACUCUAUAGCUGAUUAUUGGUAGAUGACGUUUAAAAAUCCAUUUUAUUCCGAUUUAUGAUUACGUAAUGUUUGAAUACAAACUCGAUAUUAAUUUACGAUUACUGUACGCGUAUUGUAGUUAGAAAAGCCGCAUCUAAGGCUAUAUAUCCUCGACAUCCAGCUCGAUCUAACCCCGUGUCAAAAUACUUAGCUAGAAGCCAGGAACAUUUCAGGCAACUCCAGUGCUCAAGUGACUCCACGAUGUGCCAAAUAACCCCACUCGUACGUGCAAACGGAAAGUCUAUGUUUGAAGCGUACGUUUUAGUCGACAGGCAGACAUACCGUCUCGGAUCCCAAGACCUCCCCCCUUAACGCAUUUAUGCAAAGAAUGCAUUUAGUUAUAGUUGUAGAUAAAGGCGAACCGAAAGUCCCCACACACCACUUGAUGCUUAGUUUAGGCAUUCCAUUGGAUAUUGUUUACGGCAUUUGCAUUUAAAAUAGAAUUAACGAGAAUCUGUUCUAGUUAGUUGAUCGAUUUUUCAAGGCCCUUGCUCACUCGAGACGUCAAACGCUUCAAGAACUCUCUUUUAUCCUUAUGUGCUUUGUAUAUAAUAGUGUAUUUACAUUUAUAAAAAAUAAUUACUUUAAAUAAUGAUAUACAUAUAUUCUUAAAACCGAAACUUAGUUACGUAUUUCAUUUAACUUGACAAUUUUUAGAACGCUAAUUAAUUUCCAAAUUUUAAAUAUUAAACUAUAAUAAAUUUCAGCCAAUGGGGUUAGUUCAAAUAACCUCGGGAAUUUCUUUAAAUUCAGUAUAUAUACAUGUAAAAGAAAAGAAAAUAUAGAAGCAAAGGAAAUUGUAAUUUUAAUUCAGGCAAAUAAUGCAAAAUAGUUCAAAUAAGACUUUGUAAUAUACUUAUAUUCCGGAAUUACAACACAAG